AUGAAAUUUCCUAUUGAUUUCCUUGGUGUCAUCCUCGUGUACGCAAUCGUGACCGUUGAUUCCCAAUCUGCAAAACCUCCCACGUAUAAAUUUUCAAUUUCCCUCCCGCGGACACAAAAUUUUCAGACGAAUUUUGGAACUAUCUUUUCUUUCUAAAAUUCUCAACUUCCCACGAAACUUCUUUUUUUUUUGCUCUUGGAAUUGAAGAUGGAGGGAGUGUCGGUGGCGGCUUAUCCAUCGUGGAGCGCGGCAGCGUAUGUGAGCUGGGUGGAGGUGAAUGUUUCAAGCGAUAAAGGCAGGAGAGAGGUUCAUUAUUAUUUGAAGAGAAGAGAUGGGGUUUCGGAUCUGGCUGUGAUUGGGAAAGAGAAAAGCUUGAGGCACAUGUCUUAUCAUUUCGCUAUUAAAAACCGCUCCCUUUUCUUCUCUUCGACGUCGUUUUACAAGCUCAAGUCUCGCAGGGAGGUCGUCUAUUGGCUCAAUUCUGUCGUUUCAGAUUCCUCUUCCCGUGAGCCUUACUGUUCACUUAAUGGCUUUUGGAAUGGAAAAGAUGUGAAAAAUAUGGAUUUUGGAGUGAAGGAUCUUCAAUCACGGAAGCUGGGCCGGUACACUAAAGAAUUUUUAUGGUUAGGUUCUCCAUGGACAUGCAGGAAAAAAAGGAAACACUAUCAGUCCUUGUGGAGGAACGGUGUAAAAAUUUCGAUUCACGACUUUGUUUAUGUCUUAGCUGAGGAGGAUAAACGACUUGUUGCCUAUUUGGAAGAUUUGUACGAGGACUCUAGAGGCAACAAGAUGGUUGUGGUACGAUGGUUUCACAAAAUUGACGAGGUUGGUAUUGUUUUGCCUCGCAAUUAUAAUUGCAGGGAGAUUUUCUUUUCUCUUUGUCUUCAAGAUCUCAGUAUUGAAUGCAUAGAUGGAUUGGCCACUGUCCUUAGUCCAGUGCAUUUCAAGAAAUUUUUGAACGAGGCAACACAUACUCGGCUGGAGCCAUAUGUAUGCUGCAAGCAGUUUGAAAAUGAUGAUGUAAAGCCUUUUGAUGUGACUCUAGUUAAGGGUUAUUGGAAACAAGAUAUACUUAGAUAUAUGUAUGGUCUUUCUCCUUCAAAUGAUUGUGUGAGUGGUCAGCAACGUUCUGAUGACCAGAAAAGAGAAUGGGAUGUUGACGAUGGUGUUGGGAUCAGGCCUAGAAAGAGAUAUUGUCAGUCAAAAGGUGAUGAUGUGUACAUGCAUUACAGUGGCAGUAGAGAGUCAAUGGAUGCAUCAUGUGCAGAUGUGCUAGAUUUUCAGAACAGUAAAAAUGGAACUGAAUCAUUCAGUUUCAGUGGGGGGAGUUCUGCAUUCCUGUCCACUGAUGAGGCUAAGCAAUAUUCUUCUCAGCAUUUAAAAUCAGGUUCCCAGGUUGAAGUACUAGCUCAAGAUAGUGGUAUGAGAGGUUGCUGGUUUAGAGCUCAGAUAAUCAAGAAGCACAAAGAUAAGGUGAAGGUGCAAUACCAAGACAUUCAGGAUGCAGCUGAUGAAGCUAACAAACUAGAGGAAUGGAUUUUGGCAUCUAGGGUUGCUGUUCCUGAUCAAGUUGGUAUCCGUAUUUGUGGACGGACAACUAUUCGACCAUCUUCACAAUACCGUAAAGGCAGUGCUUCAAGUAUUGUUGUUGGGUCCGUUGUUGAUGUCUGGUGGCAUGAUGGGUGGUGGGAAGGCAUUGUUGUUGAGAAGGAUUCAGAAGAUAAAUUUCAUGUUUAUUUUCCAGGAGAAAAGCUGGAAUCAGUCUUUGACAGUGGUGAUGUAAGACAAUCUCAGGAAUGGCUGGGAAAUCGGUGGAUAAAUAUAAAGGAAAGGCAUGAUCUUGUGAGUUCCAUACUCUGUGGCAGAAAGCAAGAUGCUGGCAAAUCCUCUGAUUGCAAUUUGGACAAAAUCACCAUUUGUGACGGGGAACAGUUUGGCAAGGAUGGCACUGAUUGUAAUGAUUCUCCUGUUGAACCAGGAAAUGAAAGGGCAAAAGAUGUGGGUUGUAUUCCGGAUCUUUCAAAGGAUGAUUUGCUUUCCCGGUUGAAGUGGAAGUCAUCGAGGAAGAGAAAACGUGUGACUGCGACCUGUAUACAGAAGCUGAAUUGCAGUCGAAAUCCCAUCAAAUGCACUGCAGGGUCUGUUAAUUGCGAAAGAUUUUUGAUCCCUGCAUCCUUAAAAGUUGAUAAUGAUAACUGCAAGUACAUAGGUGAUCCAUUAUUUAGUUCCUCAGUAGUGCCGCCUCUAACAAGCCUGGUUAUGACUAGGUGAUUGACUAUUCUCAUUGGAUAUGUGGAGAUUUUGCUUUCUGUUUUGCAAUUUAGGUCACAAUUUUGGAUGCAGUAUAAUAACUUCUAACUAAGUUAGCCUGAUUUGUUUAGGAUGUUUGCCGGAGGAUUUCUGCUUUUAUGUAACAUGUAUAUCAUUUCUGGUAAUAAAAAUUUACAUUUUUCUUA